AUGUCGACACCGCAGACCUAUACUGUACCAAAUCUGUUGUCCGGGUGGCCCUUUAAAGCUACUCCCAACCCCCAUGCCGCGAAGAUUAACGCUGAAAGCGCUGCAUGGGUUGCAAGCUACGAUGCAUUCAGUGCCAGGGAUCAAGCCACUUUUGAUCGUUGGAAUUUUGGCGCUUUCGCUGCACUGGCGUACUCGAAAGCUGAGCCGGCGCAAUACCGCGCUGGCGUGGACUUGAUCAAUUUUUAUUUUGUUUUCGACGAGCUGAGCGACAAGGCGGACGGCCCUACGGUACGGAAGCAAGCUGAUGCCAUCAUGAACUCACUAAAAAAUCCUUAUGCACCUCCUCCUCCGAAUGAACACAUUCUUGGCAUCAUGGCACGAGACUUCUGGAUCCGAGCCCUCGAGGAAGGUCGCACCAGUCCAUCGACCGCAAAACGUUUCACAGAGACUUUUGCGGAGUACACAGAUGCCGUCGUUCAGCAGGCCGAGGAUCGUGAUCUCGGGAUAAUCCGUCCUAUCGAAGAAUAUCUUGUUAUGCGACGCGGAACCGUUGGCGUUAGACCUUCACUGGAGUUCUUCCUUCUCUCAGAAGAUGUGCCAGAUGAAGCUAUACGACAUCCACAGAUAGAAAAGCUGGUGUUGGGUGUCAUCGACAUGUGUAUCCUUGCGAACGAUAUUUAUUCGUUCAACGUCGAACAGUCUUAUGGUGACGAAAACCACAAUAUCGUAUCUGUUACAAUGGCCGAAAAGGAUAUGACAGUCCAGCAGGCUAUUGAUUUCAUUGCGGAACGUUACACUCAGGUAUCGAAAGAGUUUCUGGAGGAUAUGAAGCGCGUGCCCGUAUUUCCUGAGCCAAUUGGGACAUACGUGCAGAAGUUUGUUCUCGGCAUGGCAUAUUGGGUAUGCACGGAUGAUGACUGGUCGUUCAUUACACCUCGAUACUUUGGUGAAAGUGCUGCAGAAGUUCAGGUCCAUCGGGUAGUUCAGCUUCUUCCGAAGCGCAGCUAG